AUGAGCCUCAUCACUGAAAAUGAUUUGAGGCAGUUCCUGCCCAAGACCUGUGAACAGGCACCAAUUGUUCUUCUUAGAGCAACCGCGACGCAGAACUACGUGGAAGCACCUGGUGUUUCCAACCAGCGAUCCUGUCCAAGUCCUGAGUGCAGGCAUCAAGAGUUCUUAUUAGAACUAAGCACGAGAAGCAGACGUCCAGCAGAGCCCCAGGUCCCUGUCUUCGGCAGUGGCCAUUUGGACCGUAUCUACGGACGUCGCAGCUUCCAGCGGGGCCGAUCCUUGGCCCCCAUUAGGGCCGCUUCCAGGCCAGCGAGUGGGCCGAUCCCAGGCCAGCGAUUGGGCCGAUUCCAGGCCAGCCGCAGGGCCGUUCCCAGGCCUGCUUCAGGGCCGUUCCCAGGCCAACCGCAGGGCCGUUCCCAGGCCUGCUUCAGGGCCGUUCCCAGGCCAGCUACCGGGCCGUUCCCAGCCUUCCGCCGCGGCGUAGCUGUCCAUGGUCACCACCCGCAGCCAAGCCGCGAUGACUGA